UUAUUCCUAACACUAUACCACGAGAAAAUGGAGGCGUCUAUUAGCAAAACCUUGAUUUCCCCCCUUUUGGCAAUUGUUUUAUUCAUCUCACAAACACAGGCGCUGGCUACAGACUCCUCUGCGUACACAAACUUCAUCAAAACCAAAUGCAACAUCACCACACACCCUUCACUUUGCGUGAAAACACUAACGCCGUAUGCUUCUUCCGUGAAAACCAACCCCACAAUACUUUGCAAAGAAGCCCUUAGAGUAGCCAUAAAAGGGGCACGUGAUGCCUCUCUCAUUCUCUGGAAUCUGAAAAAACAGGAUGGAAUUUCCCGAUAUGAAGCCGUGGCUAUUAAAGACUGCGUGGAAGCUGUGAAGACUAGUGUGUACGAACUCAAGCGGUCUGUUAACACAAUAGGACAUUUGGGUAGUGGUGAAGACAAGGAAUCUCAAUUGCAUAACGCUAUAUCGUACGCAAGUUCUGCACUAACAAACGCAGAAACAUGCAUCGAUGGGUUCUCCGAGUCAGAGGAAAAGGUAAAUCCGAAUGUGAAGAUGGUGAUAGAUAGAAGCAUCACAGUUAUUAAAACACUCGCCAGCAAUGCCUUGUCACUCAUUAGCGAUCUUUGAUUUAUGAAUAGUACUGCCUUUAGUUUUGUGGUUCAUGAGAGACUGGAUCCAUGGAUUUGGUGGAAUUAAUGCACAUGACAAUAAUUCAUUUCUUGUUAUAAUAA